AUGAUCACUCACAUCGUACCACUUGUUUUGAAAGAAGAGCGGGAGAAUCUUCGGGCUGCUCUCGAUUUGCCCUUCGCCCCCGAUCUGUCACAGUGGAAAACCCUGUCUUUGGUCCGGGUCAAACCCACCUGGGUUCAAGCUGAUUUAUAUCCUUCACUACGGGAUCAUCCUGAGCUGGCGUCCUCCUUACUGCUACUCAAGUCACCCGAAUGGGACAGAACUCUGGCCAUUUAUCCUCUAGGUACUCUGGGAGUCAAUUGCAAUCUCAUCGUGGAUCAUGGAAGGCCUACUGCUAACGUUCGAAGGAUCACUUCCCAAGGUGAACACAAGGCAUACGUAGUCUGUGUGCUAGCUGAUGGUCGAUGGGAGGAGAGAAGGGUCGUGAAAGUUGCGGUAGAAGAAGCAAGAAGACUGGUUGGAGGGCAAGACAAAACAGCUCAUACCAGAGACUUGUGGGAUGAACUGGGUGUAUGCACAUGGGAGAGUUUCGGUGGCAGCAGUAGAACACCGGAUCGACCUACGAAACAGAUGUUGCUCGACCUCGUCCCGACUCACCCGGUCAAGACCUUUCUCAUAGACGACGGCUGGCAAGAUACACGCAAGAUCGUCCUGCCUUCCGGUUCGGUCAAGUCCACCUUGUAUUCCUUUGGCCCUUGGGAAGGUAUGGGUGCCCCGAUGGUAGAUGUCAUAUCUUCGCUCAGAGCCAAAGGUAUAAGAGAAGUUGGUGUUUGGAUUACUCUCCAAGGGUAUUGGUAUGGCAUUGAUCGCGAUAGCCCACUGAGAUUGAAAUACGACUGCCGGCCUUUUCGAACUUACGACAAGUCUCAAAAACGAGGCGGCAUACAUAUCCCCUUGGCGCCUGGAGAGGGCACACAAUGGGUGCCUAGUCCGGAGAAGGCUGGACAGUUCUGGGAAGAUUGGUUCCGGCAAAUAAAAGCUUGGGGUGUCGGAUUCCUCAAGGCGGAUUACGACCAAAUUACGGGUCCUGGGUCAUCAGAGACUCAGCAAGCCAUGUGGUCUGGCAUGCUUUCCGCUGUGGAUAAGGUAUGGGGAGGGAUGGACAGGGUCAUCAUGUGCAUGGCGCAUAACGACCGGUUGUUAAAUGGUCCGGGAGGAUUGGACUUUGCUCGUCCACCUGGCAAUUUGGUAUUCCGCAAUUCAGACGAUUUCAAUCUUCAAUAUGAGUACGCUCACCCCGACUUCGUUCACUGGAACAUCCACAAUACAAUCCUUACAUCUCACUUGUCUCUGAUCCCCGACUUUGACAUGUUUGCCUCGAAUCCGCCCUCAACUUGGCCACUAUACCAUGCUCUGCUCCGGUGUCUUAGUCCAGGACCUAUGCUACUGUCAGAUACGCCAGACACACAGACCAACAUGAGUCUUAUCUCCCGGAUGAUGGCUGAGGAUGUAAGCGGGACCAGAAAAAUCGUCAAAGCGCCGAUGGCGGCGCAGGCUUUAGCUGGCAGAUGGCAUUGGGAUAAUCUCAGAGGUGAUCAUGACGGACCUGCGCUCAUGGCCGGAACAUCUUUCCCAGACGCAUGUGGGGCAAUGAUUGGAGCGUGGAACGGUCGUAAUCCUUCUUCAGGUGCAUGGGCAAAGGAUCAGUUGUCAAGACAGGAUGUGGGGGAUGCCUUAGACCUCGAAGGGGAUAUCGAGGGUGAAUAUGCCUUGUGGAGCAUGGGUUUUUCGAAAGAGAACAUCUGGAAAGUCGCUUUGGUGUCUUCGGAUGAGUGCAGGGGCCUGCCGCUUCUAUUGGAUCUUAGGCCCGGGGAAUGUGAGGCCGUUGUCAUUGCCCGGACUUGGGAGGUUGGCGGGGAGAAAGUAGCCGUGGUGGGUAUGCUCGAUAAAUUGAUUCCCUUGGCUGGUAUUCGUGUGACUAUUCAGGAAGACUUUUUGACGGUGGAAUGUCAAUUCGCGUCAGAGCCUCUAUCCGUCCUCGUGUUUGAAGAGGCGCCCAACUGGUCUCGUCUUUAUUCCAAGUUGCACUUCGACCUUCCUCGCUCGACCUUUGCUACAGAAUUGACUCGCUUGCGAGACGACUUAUGGCUGGUGACAGUCACCUCACCGGUUGACUUCGGUCCGAUCGAACCGGCCGUUCAACCUUAA